CGUGACUAUCAGCGCAGGAGUUGGGCCAAAGAAGCGCGGUUUUGGCUCGAGUGCAGAUAGAAACACUCCGAUCAGCACUCCUCGUUGAGCCUCGUACGCAACACCUUUGCGCGACGAGCCGGCCUCUUGCGCUCCACCAGCAUCGAUCUAUCUUCCACCCCACUCUGAAGAACAAUAGAACAUGUCCUCCUUUGCGCCGCCUCCUGACGUGCUGGGCCUGCUCUACAAUCAGCAUCGCAAUUACACUGCAGAGCUUGGCAGAACACAUCAGACCUUGAGCAAGUUAUAUAAGAAGAUCGCCAAGACGGAAAAGGUGCUUGCAGAGCGUGAGCGAAAGGAGCGACACCUUACAAGGGACGAGCGGAAGAAGUGGCAAUAUUCUCGCGUUUUGACGAAGCGCACAAUCACAGAUUUGGAAUCGCAGCAGGCCAACCUCCACGACGCGUUACGACAGUGUAACGAUUUGAUCGCGUCAUUGGAGCACGGCUUCUACAGUGCCCCUAUGAUGACUCCAUGGACUGGUGCCAUCGUUCCGCCUUCGCCUUAUCUGUUCAGCCCAUUCAGCCCAGCCUUCACUCCUGGUGCGCCACCGAUCCAGCACGAGCCUAGUGGUCAUGGUCAGACGCAAUACUGGGAUCUGUCCAGUCUCCCGGAACGUCAGGCCUCGCCGUCGCCAUAUGGCUCAAGUUCCGCGGACAGUGGCUUCCAUGAGCCUCGGUUGCUCGAAGUAGGCAUUGUCACAAAUGCAGACCUAAACAAUGAACAGCACGUCUAUGCGCACGGAAUGAUGUCCAACUUCGGGUUCAACACUGAUAACAUCUAUGCUGCGCGUCUGUGUAAGAACGGAAACGUCGAUCCAGACCUCCUGCCCGAACUGCAAGACUUGGUCUCGCCGAUGACUAGGCUAGGAGCCUCGGAAAACUCCCCCAAGGUCCGCUCACACAAGAGAUGCGUCUCUGAGAGCGUUGCUCAGCUGAACUUGGGCGAUCUGGCGCCGCCAUCAACCAAGAGAGGUAUUAGUGUAGGACCCGUACCAGAUCGGAGGAAGAACAGUCCCGACGAUGGGCUUGGUGGCAGAUCAUAG